AUUGCUGUAGGAAUUGAUUUGGAGCUGAUACUGAUUAGAGGGUUGUCGGGAUGGCAGAGCUACUUGAUAGGAACAAGGAACUUGGAUUUCUUGCAGCUCUAACAGUGGAGAGGAGUUGAGAGCUCUUUUUCAGAUCAGAGGAGAUGGCGAGGCCAAGAAAGAUGAUGAGUGCAGGAAGGUGGAACCAUUGAUAGUAGGGGAUGGUAGCUGUUGGUAGGUUUGCAAAGACAUGAAGAAACUGAAGAAUAGAAAGCAAAAUGAUUUUCAUUUCCUGUACAUGGGGCAUGGUGGUCAUCAAGAUUAUUAUAGACCUGACAUUGGAUAUGGAAGGAAUCAGUGUUGGUAGUUACAGCAUUCAUGUAUAACAAGGCAGAAAUCAUGGAGUGAAUGGAUUUAAUGAUUUUAUAUUGAAGUAUAACCAUCUAGUUGGCCUUGUACUAUCCUGGUCCUUGCAUGAUAUAGCCAUAUUGGAAUUGUUGUUGACUGUACAUUGUACUUUCAGAGUUAGGUCGGUGCAUGUGUUGAGCUGGGAGGGAGCAAGCUGCAGGCUGUUUUGCAAGGCACAACCAGUACAAUAGGUAACAUCCCCCAAAGUCCAUUCUGUUGGCCUUUGGCUUGGCAUUGCACCUGAUCUACACAGGACAAACCUAGUGGGUAGAAAGUGAAGAGCAUGGACCUUCUCUGCUGCCCUGAAUCGGGCCUUUGCUGGAAUCUUUGAGACCAUCAGAUCUUGCUCCAGUACCAGACACAGCACAAAAUAGCAUGUCUGAUAUUCAGUCAUCUACUGGAUCAAAGUUGGAGCAGUGAUGCAAGGUGCUCCAUCAUGUGCUAUCUAUGUUUCUUUCCUGAGAGAAAGUGAGUGAACACUAAGGAGGUAGCAUAAUCCUGACAUUCGUAGUGCAAUUAAAAACCCACCGGUGAACUACAGGGACAUGAGGCACCCUAACUUGUAGCAGCAUAAUCCACAUGGGGACGGAAUAUCCUUACAUUAAUGGCACACUGAUAAUUUGUAUUCAUCCAUCGCUGAGAGAUGAUGGGAAAGCAGUCUCGGAACUUUGGUGAGGUCGGAUGGUACUAUCUGUUUCUUUUGAUAGCUGAACAAGUUGAUUUUGGAAAGGCAAAGUUUCCACAAAUGCCAAACAUGAAGAUGUUCCUUGCCAGUGGUGUGGGAUGACCUUUGAUGACGCCUUAUUUCCAAGGUUGGCAUCGCUUUGGAGUUUCUGAAGGCACAUGGUGUCAUGGUGGCAAAUUCCUGGCCAUAGCUGGUCCCACCAUUUGCAUUGAUCAUCACCUAGAGUUUCCCACUUGUGAUUGAUGUUGAAGGCUUUCAUGUACCUUUUGACAGCAUCCUUGAGUUGGAGCUUUGGGCGUCCUGCUGGUCUCCUGGCAUGGGCUACCUCCCUGUGUAACGGUACACCAGACAUCUCUUUUCCAGGUGAUCUCAUGCUACUUUGCUUUGGUGCUGCCUGAACCGUUAACCAUCACACUCCGCACUGCCAGAAAUGGCACACAUCACGCUAAAUCAGUAUUUACAGCAGGUUUUGGAGUUCGUCGACAGUAGAGAUGGUGAUUCCUGUGCUGAAUUUUUGUCUUUUAAACACCCUCAUGUUGCAAAUCGUAGGCUACAGUUAGCAAGCCCAGAGGAGAGAUGCCAGCAGAUCCUGGAACCCCCAUAUGAUGAAAUGGUGGCAGCUCAUUUAAGGUGUGCCUUCGCUGUUGCAAAUCAUGACUUUGUAGAAGCAUACAAAUGCCAAACGUUUGUGGUUCAGUCAUUCUUGAGGGCCUUCCAAGCUCACAAAGAGGAGAACUGGGCUCUACCAAUUAUGUAUGCAGUAGCCCUGGAUCUGCGGAUCUUUGCAAAUAAUGCUGACCAACAGCUCGGGAAGAAAGGAAAGGGCAAGAUUGGAGAUAUGUUGGAAAAAGCUGCUGAACUACUGAUGAGUUGUUUCCGGGUCUGUGCCAGUGACAACCGAGCUGGAAUCGAUGACUCGAAGAAGUGGGGAAUGUUAUUUCUCAUCAAUCAGCUGUUCAAAAUAUACUUUAAGAUCAAUAAACUCCAUCUGUGUAAGCCCUUAAUCAGAGCAAUUGACAGCUCCAGUCUAAAGGAUGAGUACAGCAUGGCACAAAGGGUGACAUACAAGUACUAUGUUGGGAGGAAAGCCAUGUUUGACAGUGAUUUUAAGCAAGCUGAAGAAUAUCUAUCAUUUGCAUUUCGACACUGCCACAGGUCCAGCCAGAAAAACAAGCGGAUGAUUCUGAUCUACCUGCUACCUGUGAAGAUGCUCCUUGGCCACAUGCCAACAGUCCAGCUUUUACGAAAAUAUGACCUUUUGCAGUUUUCUGAUGUCACCAAAGCUGUUGGUGAAGGGAACCUUCUGCUACUAAAUGAAGCUUUGGCAAAACAUGAGGCUUUCUUCAUUCGCUGUGGAAUCUUUCUAAUACUUGAAAAACUGAAAAUCAUCACGUACAGAAAUCUUUUCAAGAAAGUGUAUUUACUGCUCAGGACACACCAGCUGCCACUCGAUGCUUUCCUGGUUGCUCUUAAUUUCAUGCAAGUCGAGGAUGUUGACAUCGAUGAAGUUCAGUGUAUUUUAGCAAACCUCAUCUACAUGGGACACAUCAAGGGUUAUAUCUCUCACCAGCAUCAAAAGCUUGUUGUCAGUAAACAGAAUCCUUUCCCACCACUAUCCUCUGUGUGUUAACCAAAGGAGGUCAGAUGUUCAUAUAUUGCUUCCCCACAUCAAUCCCAGGACACGCACGUGUUGCAGGCUGAUGGCCUCAUCACCAAGGAUUGUAUGUAAAGCUAAGGAUAAUGUGACUUGCAUUCCAGUGAGUAUUUCCUGCCAUUGUUUAAUGUAUUUCCUCUGUCAUUGUUCCAGUGUAAUUUUGUAUUUCUCAUUAAAGAUGCAAAUGUGA